AUGGCCUUUUUGUCCACCGCCAUCCUCGCCCUUGUGGUCCUCGUUACCUCCGUCUUCCUCCUUCCACGGCUAGCGGGGACGCUGCUUGGCCUAGUAUUUCGGAGCGUGGGCUGGCUGAUCCGCCGACGAACACGAUCUCGUCGGGAUUAUGUGAUCGCGCGGGCGCGGUCAGAUGAAGAAGAAUACCGGGCAGCACAUCCCAAAACCUCCAAAACACAUGCUCUGGCUCGGAGCCAGGUCGAAGAUGAGGAUUGGGAGAAAGUUGAUAGCUCCGGUGGGGCAAAGACUGCGACCAGCAGUGAUAGCGGAGAGGGCUCAAAGAAUGAGGGGACUAGCUCUGACGAAUGGGAUGGCAUUAUUGGAUUCUUCCACCCGUUUUGUAACGCCGGCGGAGGUGGAGAACGUGUACUUUGGGAAGCAGUUCGCGCAACACAGAAACGCUGGCCAAAGGCCGUUUGUGCUAUCUACACUGGCGACCAUGAAGCUAAUAAGACGACAAUGUUGGAGCGGGUGGAGAACAGAUUCAACAUCCACCUGCACGCCCCGACUGUUGUCCUACUUUACCUGACGACAAGAAAAUACGUGGUCAGCAGCUCAUACCCGUACAUGACACUGCUCGGCCAAUCCCUAGGAUCACUGAUUGUCGCCUACGAUGCUUUCAACCUUUUGGUUCCCGAUGUCUUCGUGGAUACCAUGGGAUACGCAUUUACAUUGGCGUUGUGCAAGUGGCUUUUCCCUACCGUUCCCACUGGCGCAUACGUCCACUACCCGACCAUCUCAACCGACAUGCUCGCCUCUCUCGAUGACCAGACCGGCGUGCAGGGCAUCAACUCCGGUGCCGGAAAAGGAUUCAAGGGAACUGUCAAGCGCCGAUACUGGCAGCUUUUCGCCCAGCUCUACGGCUGGGUCGGCCGCCAUGUGGACGUCGUCAUGUGCAACUCAUCCUGGACAGCGGCCCACAUCCGCGCCCUCUGGGGCACCAGCAAGCCCAUCGUGAACACCACCAACGAGAACGACGACGAAGGAACCCCCGCAUCUCCAGCCGUCGUCUUCCCGCCAACAGCAGUCGCAGAGCUUCAAUCAACCAUCACCGUCGACGCUGAGAGCGAGAAAACCCGCCAACCAGUCCUGCUCUACAUCGCGCAGUUCCGGCCGGAAAAGAACCACCCGCUCGUCCUGCGUUCGUUCGCCCGCUUCCUGCAAGAACGCUCCCGGAACCCUGUUUUCGCAAACACCCCGCCCCCGCGGCUCGUGCUGAUCGGCUCAGUGCGCCACAACAGCCCCGAUGAAACUCACAUCUAUAACCUGCGUCUGCUAACUCACGAGCUGAAAAUCCGCGAGCAUACCACCUUCCUCUGCGACGCUAGCUGGCCCGCGGUGCUGUCGCACCUCGGCACGGCUUCCGUUGGCGUGAACGCCAUGUGGAACGAGCACUUCGGAAUCUGUGUCGUCGAGUACCAGGCCGCGGGUCUGAUCUGUGUGACUCACGACUCGGGCGGGCCCCGGGAGGACAUUGUGAUUGAUCUCGGUGACGGAGCGACGGGAUUCCGGGCUGAGACGGAGGAACAGUUUGCGGGUGCGUUUGAAGCGGCGCUUGCGCUGCCCGUUGAAGAGAAGAUUGCGAUGCGGCAGCGGGCGAGACGGUCUGCGUUGCGAUUUACCGAGGAGGAGUUUGCGAAGAAGUGGUUGCGUCAGGUGCAGAAGUUGGUUCAGGCGUCGCGAUAG